ACUUUGAAAAUUUUUGUUCUUAAAUCAAAAUAAAAUAAAUUUUUAUCGAAGAAACAGUUUUAAAGCAUUGACCUGCUACUACAACAUGCAAGCGCAGCGUAAAAUGUAUACUCUCUUCGGAGUGUCCAUCUUCAUUGUGGUGUGGUGUUUGAUUCUCAUCAUUUGCCUCUCCGGCUUUUCGCAUGAGUCACGCAAGUUUCGCGCGAUACUCUUUGUUAUUGUUGUCGUGGUAUUCUUUCACUGCCUUAUUGGUGACUUUAUAAAAUUUCUCGGAUACGCGUGCUACUCGGCAUUGCGUAAGAAACCCGCUGUGCAAGAGGGUCCUGACGUAGGUCGCUCUUCGAUCACCUACAAUUACGAUGAGGAUGCACUUGUGCGCUUACAGUUAGCCAGCUACGAGGCUGCAAUGUACACAACUCCUUCGCAUUAUAACGAGUCGCUGAAUCUCAAAUACAAACAAAUCAUCAACGAGUUGCGACUCUAUGGAUUGUAUUUCGUAUUGCUGUUGCUCUUAGUGGUGGGUUCACGCAAUUUUCAAGCUUAUUACAAUACGGAAACGCUAAAAACGGUGCUGCAAGAAAAACGUUUGGACGCGAUCGGACUAUAUUAUGUGAAUACUUUAGAUGAUAUAUACGAAUAUAUACGACACAUUGUAAUUGAAGCUUUCAACCAGGGGCACGACUACAACGAGAAGGUGAUAGAGGAGCCUGGCUGGAUACAAUAUAAUAUCGCCAAGCUGCUAAGCGUAGUGCGACUACGGCAAGUGCGACGCGCGGAGCCGUACAUUGGUUUGAGUACACCUGAUUUCGAUGAUAAAAAUUUCAUGCCCCGUUGGCAGCUGCCUUACGAGCAGUUACACUAUAUUUCUAAGUAUAUACAUACUUACGGCCCUUGGUUAGCGGGACAAAUGGAUUGGAGUAUGUUUACUCCCAGUCACCAUCAGGGCAAGUUGCACACAUACGCUGAGAAUAAUGGUUAUGCAACAUUUCUAUCACGCGAUCUAAACAAUAGUCUGAAAAUACUGGAUUAUCUGGAGAAAGCCCAUUGGCUUGAUGCACGCACCGCCGGCGUUUUCAUCGACUUCACGCUCUACAAUGCCGAUUCGAAUUUAUUUAGCGUCUGCACAAUUUUGUUGGAGUACACACCGUUCGGAAAUGUGCUCUCCCAUGUUGAUGUUCAGAGCGUUGGGCUGUUGUUAAACAUGGACAAUUUGCCUGCCGUGUUCUUGAUCAUAUUUCUGCUCUACCUUUUUACAUUGAUUUAUUUUCUCAAGCACCUGUUUUUGAAUUUACUGUACAAGACGAAAAUGUCCGCUUCGCCAUGGAAUUGUGUGGACGGUGUUAUAAUUCUACUGAAUGCAUUUAUCAUCAUUUUGAUUAUUGUACGUGAGAUUAAAGUGUCGACGUUGAUGUCAGAAUUCGAGGAUUCGAUGAAACUGGAGUUUAUAGAUUUCCGUGUGCCGGCAAGUAUUGACUAUUUAGCAAAUUUGACCAUUGGAUUGCUCAUUUGCCUGACUACCGUACGUUUGUGGAAGGUGUUUCAGUUCGCCAAACCGUUUCGUGUCUUCACACGCACUCUGUAUCGUGCGCGUUGGGCACUACUCACACUUCUGGUAAUCAUCGUCAUUUGGUUAUUCGCUUUCGGCAUCAGUUCGUACAUAAUAAAUGGCAAUGACACCGAAAAUUUUACACAUCUCUUGAAGAGUUUCACCGCAUCGAUGAGUUACUCAUUUGGUUUCAGCAGCACAGUUAGUCCGUAUGAUCUUGGCUACGGUGGACUCACACUUGGCUUCAUUUUGUAUGCUUUGCUGAUGUUCGUCAUUGCCAUUGUUCUGCUCAAUCUGUUCAUUACGCUGAUCUGUGACUUUUUUUCGGAAAACAAAAGUACACCGGAAGAUGAUGAGGCGAGAGAGUUGAGUUUCUGGCAAUUUCUCAGAGUUGAAUAUGGCGGUUGUGGGCGCUGGUGUAAGCAUUCGUUGUGCAGUUGUUGUGUGAAGCGUAUUUACAAUCCAAAGCAAGGAGAUGUUAAGGAAGGCAUUGAGAAAUCUGUGCUGAAAACAGAGAAAAACUUAAAGAAACGUAAACUGGCAGGCCGUGAAGACAAGGGUCCCCCUUAUGGGCGCCAGUUAAGAGACCUCAAUCAAGUGCGUGCAAUGGCGCGAAAAUUUAGCGCACAGGUGGCACUAUUACGACGAUACCAACGUUGGCAGCAGUAUUAA